AUGGCGAACCGAACGAGCCAUUACUCGACAACCUCGAGGACAAACACGAUGCAGCAGCCAAAUGUCUCACAACAGAUGUCGACAACAUCGUGUCUUAAUGCUUGCCACACAGCCUAUACUGCAUCGCACCCGGUACAACUGGAAAGCAGCACGAGUCUGGUUGUCAAUACCUGGGUUACUGGAUCUAGCACAGGGCCGGAUGGAAGAUAUGGUGGCACAGUGGAUGGAGAAAUGGCAAGACGGGCGUGGGAGCAUGCCAGGAGGAGAGCGGAGGAUGGGGCUGUCGUGCUUGGAUCUCUCCACCACUCCACUCCAUCUCUAUUAGCACCCUUCAUCUCCGCCCUACCAUUGUCUGUCCCGGGCACAUUUUACACAGCACUAAACGCGCUACGACCAUUCCUACAUACUGCCGCACCCUUCAAUCCCUCUCUGCCACGAUACUUCGGGCUCUCCGCUGUCUUCCAAUUCACCUACGCCGGCGACCUGACAUCUGCCUCGCUCGCCCUCUCCACAUCCGGCAUCGAUACGCAGAAUGGUCUGCUCAAUGUGCCGGCCGAACACGGUUAUCGUGCCUUCGACGUCUUCUACUAUCUGUUGACUAGCGCGUCAUCACAGCAAGAGCGGGAGUACCUAGGCCUGAAACCAGCAAAUCAGUAUGCUUUGCUGAAGAAGAGCGAGACCUAUACUGCGCCAUCAUACAUUCCCACCGCGGAUGACGCGGCGAAUGCUGAGGACUUCCGCGAGAGCCUGAAGGCCAUCGGUAUCAAGGGCAAGAGCCUGCGCCAACUUUUGUCUGUUGUAGCGGCUCUCCUACGACUCGGCGAUGCCGUGGGAUUUCUCGUUGAUCAGGAUGAGCUCGAGUCGACUUGUGAAGAUGUGGGAGGCCUACUGGAUGUCGACCCUGAGGUCCUGCUUAAGAAAUGCGUCACCGAUGAGCGCGAAGUCUUGAUUGCUGGUAUCUACGAAGCGCUCGUGGACUGGGUCAUCUCUCGCGCCAACGAGGCGGUGCGCUUCGAGAUGGCCAGUGGCAGGACAAUUGGUUCGGUUGCUGGUAGUGAGGGUGGUGCUGUCACACCGCCGAGUAGCAACGACGAUGCAGACAAUGUCAGUAUCACGGUCGUUGAAAUUCCUUCGCAAGCCCUUGGCAAGGCUGUGGCUUUGUCGAGAGUCUUCGAUGAUCAGGCUGGUAUCAAUGCUGAGAUGAAGAUGGAUGGUCUACAAGCUGUACAGGCAGGGUCUUCUGUUGUUCGGGAGAUGAAGGAUGCGAUUGCACAGAGUGAGCCGGAUCUUGGGAUCAUGACUGGCCUUACCGGACGAGAUCGUGAGAGCCAGCUUGAUCGAAGGCAGAAUACGCUGGAGAAGAUUGCGGUAGAGGCGGAGGAAGACAGCUUCUUGAAGAGGCUGCUCAAUCCCGUUGCCAACGAUGGCGUGGUUAUUGGAAAGCACGGUCGAUUCCAUCUUUCACAAGUCUUGGACAGUAGCAGAGUCUGGUUCCAGCUAUGCCUUCACCCAUCGGACGACUCACCAGCAACAUUUGCUGGCCGAGCACAGCAGCAGUGGUCCGCAGCCUCAGUCUCGAGCCAGAUUCGUGGCUGGAGAUUGCCUGAGUGGGCGAACCACCGCAACAAGCAGCUUGACUUUACAGCAGACUUUGAUGUCGAGGAGUUCGUGGACAGAUAUUCGAGGCUAGGCUGCCAGGGUGGCCGAGAGGGCGUCGAGGCAUGGCUUAUGGAGCGCGGUUGGUCGAAUGGCGAAGUCUUUGUCGGCAGCGAGCGCAUCUGGAUGCGUGAGAAUGCUUGGUGGGAGGCCGAGAGUAUGUUGGACAUGAAGCCAGUCGAAGAAUCACCUUUCGAUGGCAUGGCGACUGGAUAUUCUGUCCAGACACCUGGCGGUAUUGGCGAGGGCUUCUUUGGACAACAGUAUGGCGACAAUACUAGCAGGGACAACCUACUCAGUCGCGCACCUACAGCUAUGGCGCCGAGUCAGAUGGCCAGGAGUCUCGCUCCUACACAGGCACAUACCAUGAAGAGUGGUGGUGACUAUGGCCUUGGCUUUAAAGGCGAUCCCGUCAAUCAUGACAUUAUGGAUUAUGGCGACUUGGACCCGGAUCUCCUGGCUGGAAAGGAGGUAGAAGUUGAAAAGACAACUUGGGGUCGACGCCUUUGGGUCUUCGCAGCCUACGCGGUCACUUGGUGGGUUCCCAGCUUUGCACUGAAGCAUAUUGGUCGUAUGAAGCGACCUGAUGUCCGGAUGGCAUGGCGUGAGAAGAUCCUGCUUAUGUGUAUCAUCUUCUUCCUGAACGCCGCUAUCAUCUUCUGGAUCGUAGAGUUUGGGAACUUACUAUGUCCGAAUUGGGACAAGGCAUGGAACCGACAAGAAGUGUCAUACCACACUGGCGACACUGACUUCUGGGUGUCCUUCCGAGGUGGUGUCUACGACCUGACCAAGUUCUGGAAGCUUCAGCACAGUGACAGCAACAUCGACACUACGCAGGAGAACAUGCAGCCGUUUGCCGGGCUGGACAUGGACCAGUAUAUCGUUCCACCACUCACCGUCGCAUGCCCGGGUGUCGUUUCCGACGAUACGGUCUAUCUGCAACCUAACAGCACGCUGUUAUACCCUCUCGGAGCGCACGUCAGUGGACCACUGAGACAAUCUGAUCCCACGACCAAGCUCCAUGACAUCAACUGGUAUGUCGAUUACUUUCUACCGCGCAUGAAGGAGAUGUACAAAGGUCAACUUGUGUAUACCUCCAAGAGUGUCAAGAACGAUGGCCAGAACAACAAUCAUUACUGGUUCAGGCUGGGCAACAGGGUUUACGACCUGACAGACUACUUCUAUACCCUGAAGCUGAUGAACAACCUCCCGCAAUACGCCUUCUUUGGCGAUGCGGUCGCGCAGAUGGUCCAGUCCAACCCUGGCGAGGAUAUUCAGACGCUUUGGGAUAACAAUCCGAAUUUGAAUGCCACCUUCUCAGGCAACGUCAAGAAUUGUCUCGACAAUGCUUUCUAUGUUGGCAAUACUGAUUUCCGCAAGACCGCCCGCUGCCAGGUCAACAACUACCUCCUCAUCGCUUUCGCUGGUAUCCUGUGUGCCACCAUCUUGGUCAAGUUCUUGGCCGCUUUGCAGCUCGGUUCCAAGCGUCGACCAGCUCAGCAGGACAAAUUCGUUAUUUGCCAGGUCCCUGCCUAUACUGAAGGCGAGGACUCGCUCCGAAAGGGUCUGGACUCGCUUACGGCCCUUGCCUACGACAACAAGCGCAAGCUCAUCUGUGUCGUCUGCGACGGCAUGAUCGUCGGAGGUGGCAAUGACCGACCAACACCAAAGAUCGUCCUGGAUAUCCUAGGUGUGGACCCGAAAGUUGAUCCUCCCGCCCUACCAUUCAAGGCCGUGGGUGUCGGCAGCGAACAGCUCAACUACGGCAAAGUCUACUCCGGUCUCUACGAAUACGAAGGCAAUGUAGUCCCUUACAUCGUCAUCGUCAAAGUCGGCAAGGAAUCGGAACAGACCAAGGCUAAGCCGGGGAAUCGUGGUAAACGAGACAGUCAAAUCCUUCUCAUGUCCUUCCUCAAUCGCGUCCACCAUCGCAGUCCCAUGAACCCGCUCGAACUCGAAAUCUUCCAUCAGAUCAACAACAUCAUCGGUGUCGAUCCGGAGUUGUACGAGUACCUCUUUAUGGUCGAUGCCGAUACUAAGGUCAAAGAGGAUUCGUUGAAUAGGCUUGUGGCUGCUUGUGCGCAUGACGCGAAGAUUGCUGGGAUCUGUGGUGAGACGAGUCUGGAGAAUGAGGAGCGCAGUUGGUGGACGAUGAUUCAGGUUUACGAGUAUUAUAUUUCGCAUCAUUUGGCCAAGGCUUUUGAGAGCUUGUUUGGGAGUGUUACCUGUUUGCCUGGGUGUUUCUGCAUGUAUCGACUCCGGACUGCGGAUAAGGGACGGCCACUUAUCAUCUCGGACAAGGUCAUCCACGAGUAUGCGGACAACAACAUCGACACCUUGCACAAGAAGAACCUGCUCUCCCUGGGUGAGGAUCGUUAUCUCACGACCCUCAUGACCAAGCACUUCCCAUCCAUGUCCUACAAAUUCAUUCCGGAUGCUUAUGCGCUAACGGAAGCUCCCUCGGAAUGGUCUGUCCUGCUCUCCCAACGUCGACGAUGGAUCAACUCCACGAUCCACAAUUUGGCCGAGCUGGUGAUGUUGAAGGAUCUGUGUGGCUUCUGCUGUUUCAGUAUGAGAUUCAUUGUCUUCAUCGAUCUUUUCGGCACCGUUAUCCUGCCUGCGACCUGCGCGUACUUGGCUUACCUGAUCUACCGCGUCGCAUCGGGCACUGGACAAUUCCCGCUCAUCUCCAUUGUCAUGAUUGCCGCGGUCUACGGUCUUCAGAUGGUCAUCUUCAUCAUCAAGAGGCAAUGGCAGCACAUCGGCUGGAUGAUCAUCUAUCUCAUGGCAUACCCAAUCUACAGCUUCGUGCUGCCGAUCUAUUCGUUCUGGAAGCAGGAUGACUUUUCUUGGGGUAAUACCCGUAUCGUCAUUGGGGAGAAAAGUGGCAACAAAGUCGUGGCGAAGGAGGAAGAGAGGUUCGACCCGAGGAGUAUAGUGCUGCAACGAUGGGACGACUAUGCGCUUGCGAAUAAUCUGCCUGGUCGUCGUGGACUGGCGCCGGAGAAGGAGGGUGGGUUUGGAAAUGGGUAUAAUGAUGCUCCCGGUGGCUAUGAGAUGGAUGACAUGCACAGCAUGUAUUCGUCCGUCAAGCCUGCCUCGACGAUCUUGACCGGCUUCCCGCAACAGCAACAGCAUGCCGGCAUGUAUCGACCGCCGCAGCAGAGCCCGAGUCCGUAUAACAUGCUCAACCGCCAGAGCACGUACAGUCGGUAUACUGGCUACACCGACCUCGGAGCACAACAACAACAAAUGGAGCAGCAAAGCCGUCUCAUGUCCAUGGGUGGUAUGAGCGAACAAUACGGCACGCAACGCGGCGUCUCGCAGACCGACUUGCUCGGCGGCAACGGCAUGCGCAGCCCAGGCAUGAACUCGAACAUGGGCAUGGGUAUGGGCAUGAACCGCGCCCAGUCGCCUUACGGUCAGCCGCAGCAGUCCCGACCCGCUAGUACCAUCAACCUCGCCGCUUUCCAAACCCAAGGCCCGCCCAACGAGACUAUCACGCAGGCUAUUCGCGAGGUCUUGUUGGAAGUGGAUAUGGAUAAUGUGACUAAGAAGCAGGUCAAGGCGCUGGUGGAGCAGAGGUUGCAGUGUCAGCUUGCUGGGGAUAAGAGGUCGUACAUGGAUAGUCAGAUUGAUGUGGAGUUGGCUAAUAUGUAG